AUGGACGAACCUAUCAUGGUCCUAAGUAGCGCUCGCUCUGCUUCCUCACGAUACACGAUCGUGAUCAACAUGAAGUCACUCAAGGUUGUGCCACAGGCCCGGAUCAUGCCCUAUCAUAUACCUUCAAUUAUCUAUCCUAGCCUGCGCCUCACAUCAGAGGAGGACGCACUGUCUUUCGCAGAACAACGCGUCCUCCGUGUAGGGCAUGUCGUCAUUGCAUGCAGCGGGACCCGGAUGGGAAUGAACUUUGAAGGUCGUAUACGAAGGCUUAUCUCAAACCUUAUGGAUCACGGAUCCGUAGACGUUGCGGGCGCCUAUGAAGGCCAGGGGUAUCAACUCCCGCGAACAUCGCUGGCAGGGGGGGUAGCACAGGUAGACUAUGCCAUCAAACGUUAUGCAUGUAUGUGUGGUACUCGGACCUGCAUGGUCGUCCAAAUGUUGAAAAUUACUGGAACAGUAGCAUGCAACACAGUCGCUAAGUCAUGCCAAUCUCCAUUCAGCCGACUCCAAACUGGCAGCGGUGAAAUCAUUACCGUACUCCGGGCAUCAGAAUACGAGCAUGCUAGAUCUGAGCAGGAGAAACCGCGGCUUAAGAAAGCUAUUGAAGAACCUGAGCUCUACUGA